AAAGAGAACUGUGCUAUGCGCAGUGGUUGCUUUGUAUUCUUCAGAAAAAGAAAGAUAGAUAUGAGUAUAUUUAAUUCGAGGGAGACAAAAUAUGACCUGAAGUAGAAAACUAAAAUGGCGAGAAUCAAGUGAUUGUAUUUUGUCCACAUUCGGUAAAAAGUUCGAAUUUUUCAUUCAAACAACAAAGAUAAUGGUGCAUCAGUGCGACUGGACGUAAACAUAAACUAAUUAAAUUAUUUUUGUUCUGUAAUUUUGAGUUGCAAUCAAUUGAGGACUAUGUGUAUCUUGAGUGGCCCUUAGUAGAAGUGUUCCCAGUUUUUUCAGUCCUUCCUUUUAGAAAAUAUGAAUACUGGCGUCGCAGCAGAUAAUAUUUACGACUUUAAUUCGGAAGAAAAUGCUGCAAAAUGGAAAGGGCUCCUAACCUCAGCUUUAAAAAAAGUGCUAGAACAAGUCCAUCCUUCAUUAUGUGCAAGAGAUGAUGCAUUAGAAUAUAUUGAGAGUCUUUGUUUACGUCUUCUUGCUAUGCUUUGUGCCAAACCAAGUCCUCAUACUGUACAAGAUGUUGAAGAAAGGGUAAUAAGUACAUUUCCUACACCAAUUGAUAAAUGGGCACUAAAAGAAGCGCAAGAAGCCAUUGAUAGAGGUAAAAAAAAAUCAGUGCUGCAACUACCUGUUGAUAAAAUUCAUUCUUUACUGCAAAAAGAACUUUUGUUAUACAAAAUUGACUCAACUGUAUCUCUAUUCUUGGUCGCCGUUUUAGAGUAUAUAUCUGCUGAUAUUUUAAAAUUAGUUGGAAAUUAUGCUAAGAAUAUAAAGCAUAUGGAAAUCACCUACCAGGAUGUACAAAUUUCAAUGAAAGUCGAUAAAGCACUUAUGGACAUGUUCUAUCAAGAUGAAGGCGGAGGUAGCAAUAUAAUCGAAAAUCCUGUCAUGGUAUCUACAACAUUAAAUUAUGAAGAAACUGUCAGAGAACUUAUAGCUUCUGAAAAAGCUUAUUUAAAAGAAUUGCAUAUGUUGAUUAAAGUAUUUAGGGAAGAAAUUAUAAAAUUAAAUCCAAGUCCACAAGAUAUAGAAAAAAUAUUUUCGAAUAUCAUGGAUAUUUAUGAAUUAACGUACACUCUAUCAGGCAGUUUGGAAGAUGUACGAGAAAUGGCACAAGAGAAAAUGGCUUACAUCGGUUGUUGUUUUGAAGAACUAGCGGAGGCGGCAGAGUUCGACGUGUAUAUAAAAUACGCCGCAGACGUAACGUCAUCUUCAUGCCGAGAAACUUUGAACAAUUUACUCAAUCGUCCAGACGUCCAAAGCUCUCUGAACACAGCUGGUCAAGGAAUGCCUCUAGCUUUAAGAUAUUAUCUCCCCUCUUUACUCAUGGGACCUAUUUGGCAUUGUUUUUCAUAUUUGGAGUACAUUCCGACAUUGAGAAGAUUGUCGACUUCUAGUGAGGAUCAAGAAACUUUGGCGCAAGUUGAGGGAUUGCUAAAACCAUUACAAAUAGCUCUGGCAAGUUGUGUUCCCAGCCAAAGUAUACCGCGAAAUCCGGGACCAUCACUACAAGGAAAAAAUAGAAGGCAAACAGCUAUAUUGAAAAUCCAAGAACUUCAAAAAAUUGUAGAAAACUGGGAUUCCAAAGAUUUGGGACAAUGCUGUAAUGAAUUCAUUCGAGAGGACACUUUAACAAAAGUUAGUAAUAAUAAAAGACUGACCGAAAGGAGGGUUUUCCUUUUUGACGGCUUGAUGAUACUCUGUAAACCAAACUCAAGAAGACAAAGCUCGGUGCAUCACCAGAACCAUCCCGAAUGUAAGCUCAAAGAAAGAUUUUUUAUAAGAAAAGUUGAAAUUAUAGAUCAUCAAGAUACUGAUGAAUUAAAACACGCUUUUGAAAUAUCUCCUAGACAAACUCCGUCUGUUAUUUUAUGUGCCAAGACUGGAGAAGAUAAAAAUUCUUGGAUGGCUGAUUUAGUUAUGUUGAAUAAUAGAUCUAUGUUAGAAAGAGUAUUGGAUAGUAUCCUAUCAGAUAUUGAAAGAAAACAUCCAUUGAAACUGCCUCCUCCAGAGUUGUAUAAAUUCGCCGAGCCCGAUUCUAAAGAUAACAUUAUACUCGAACAAAGGGAAAAUGGUGGAGUUCCUCUUAUUAAAGGUGCAACUUUAUACAAACUCGUUGAAAGACUGACUUAUCAUAUUUAUGCCGAUCCUAAGUUUGUUAGAACCUUUUUGACAACAUAUAGAAGUUUCUGUUCCCCCAUGGAACUUCUUGAACUGUUAAUAGAACGAUUUCAAAUACCUGACCCAUCUCUAGUUUACGAUCAAGACUGUUGUGAUACUGAUAAAAUGCAGAAGAGUAAUCAGAGGGAGGAUUGGAAGAAAUAUAGAAAGGAAUAUUGCCAACCUGUACAAUUCAGGGUACUAAAUGUGUUACGACAUUGGGUAGAUCAUCACUUUUAUGACUUCGAAAGGGAUCCUAUUCUUCUGGUCAAAUUACAAGCUUUUUUAGAUUCAGUGAAUGGAAAAAGUAUGCGAAAAUGGGUAGACAGUGUCAUCAAAAUAGUUCAAAGGAAGUUGGAAAACGACAACCAAAGACUUAUAAAAUUUGCAUUUGAUGAUCCUCCUCCACCUAUAGAAAGACAUAUCAAUUGUUCAGAAGAGGAAUAUGGUAUACUUACUCUACAUCCUGUGGAAAUAGCUAGGCAACUCACAAUUCUUGAAUUUGAUCUCUAUCGAACCAUCAAACCUUCUGAGUUAGUGGGUACUGUGUGGACAAAAAAAGAGAAAGAAAUUACUAGUCCCAAUUUGUUGAAGAUGAUUAAACAUACAACAAAUUUCACAAGAUGGUUGGAAAAGAAUAUAGUAGAAGCAGAAAAUUUGGAAGAAAGGGUUGCUGUAAUGAACAGGAUCAUAGAGAUUAUGAUAUGUUUGAAUGAAAUUAACAAUUUUAAUGGAGUUUUGGCAAUAGUGUCUGCCUUGGGAUCUGCAUCUGUAUAUAGGUUGAACUUCACGUUUGCUGCACUGACUCAACAAAAUCGGAAAGCUCUUGAAGAUAGCCGCAAAAGUGAUGAUAGAUUUAAGAAGUAUCAAGAAAAAUUGAGAUCAAUCAACCCACCAUGCGUGCCCUUUUUGGGCAUGUACCUCACUAACAUUCUCCACAUAGAAGAGGGUAAUCCCGACUUCCUUCCAAACACGCAGUUGAUAAAUUUUUUUAAACGUAGAAAAGUUGCUGAAAUUACUGGUGAAAUACAGCAAUAUCAAAAUCAACCAUACUGUUUUAGCGUAGAGCCAAGUAUUAGGCAUUUUCUCGAAAAUUUAAAUCCAUUUGGCGAAAUGAACGAUACGGAAAUCAGUAACUACUUAUAUCAAAAGUCUUUGGAAAUCGAACCAAGGGGUAGUAAGGUACUGUCAAAAUUUCCAAGAAAAUGGCCGCACCUGAAUUUAAAAAGUCCUGGUAUUAAAGCCAUUAAGACUGUGAAGAGUGUAUCUGGUGCCCUCGCUAAUACUGUAAAUCAAACUCUAAAUUCUACAAUGAAAAGUGAUGACUCUAAAAGCGAGGAUUCUUCCAGAUCCGACAAUGAUUUCAGUGUAUUUGCAUCUGUACAAUUGGGUACCAGCCAGAAUAGUCCAACUUUGAGUCCAGUCUCUCCUGCUGCAUCUAAUCCAAUUAUCAGUUGGUUCCAUCACACGAGAAGUCCCAGCGUUAGCUCAAUCAUGUCAACAUCUUUCAAACCAUCUAGGGCUGAACAAACACCGCCAACAAUACCUCAAAGAUUCAGCCACAACAGCCAAAGCUCUACAGGUGGUCCCAAUAGUCCAGGACCUCAUAGUCCCAUUUCACCUGGUCCUCACCUUCCUACUGAACCCAUAAGUCCUCGAUUACCGCCUACACCACCUCCUCCGCCUCCACCAUUACCCCCUAGAAGAAGAAGGGAUAGUCCCGAAAUAAGUUCACCACAACAAAUGAAACAGGCGCCAGAUGCCCCUAUUCUUCCACCACGUGACAACUCUAUACCCCGUGAUUGUUCACCUCCUCCUUUGCCGCCUAGAAGAGAACCAGGUUCCUCUCCUAGCUCUCACUCUCAUUCCCAUUCUUAUCCUCACCAUUUCAACCCACUUCCCAAUUUGGGAGGACACAGUACCUUACCGAGAUUGAAUCCGACUCAUACUUCUCAACUUCAUAUGAGGAGGCACGCUACCUUACAUCCGCAUCCACAACAUACUUUGACGAAUAAUGGAGGAACCAGUAUGAUAGUCCCAGCACCACCACCAAGCAUUUCGCCAAGGUAUACUAGAGAGGUUAAUUCUGGCCAAAUAACCCCCCAGUUACCUCCUCGACCAACGGUCAGAUCGGCGGGACUAACAUGUGGCACCAUGUUCCAGUAUCCAACGACUACCACCACUUAAAUUCUAAAUGAAGGAAACAUUUUCUUAGUUGUAAUGAAUUGCAAACAUUACGCUUAUACCAUCAGGUUGCUUCGCUUCACCAUAGAUUGAAAAAUUUGGAAAAAUUCUAAGAACGACGCUGAUACGAAUUAAAAGUAUUUUGAAUUUGAAAUGUCUGAUUUUUGUCACACAAUCUAUAACACUAUAUUCAGAAUUUUUACAAAGUUACCAACUUUAUAUCACUCCCAUCUCAUACACACUACUUGUUAUAUAGUUGUUUUUCCAUAAUAUUGUUUUUAAAUGCACUAUUGAAAUAGAAGUGUAUUUGAAAAUUAUAAGAAGAAAAAGCACAUGAUAACCAAUUAUAAAUUUUUAUUUCUAAUAAUUUCAAGUAAGAUGUCAAAAUCUGCUCCGUAAAAUUAUUUUAGAGAAACCAAAAUAAACUUGAUAUCUUCUAAAAUUCCUAAAAUCUGUUGACUACAGUAAAUUUAGUUGAAACAUGAAAAAUAUUUGCUUAUUUAUGUGCUUACAGGAAUGUUCAUUUUAAAUAUAAUAAAUGUCCUGUAUCUUUUAUUAACGUAAACAUGAAUUAACUAUUUCCUGUCAUACAUACUGUAAGGGAUGUAUUUUAUAAUUCUUUAUGAUAAUACAAUUACACGUCCAUUCAGCACAUUUGAAGAUUAUUGAAAUGUUCACAUUUGCAAUAAUAUUUGAAUGCUGAAAUGAAUUACCUAAAUAUAUCAUUUUCUAAAAUCCUCUAAUCCAAGUAUUAAUUAUUACUUUUUUCUACUUCACUUUAUCAAUUGUAAAACAGAUGAGCAAUGAAAGUGUAUCAAUACAACAAAGUAAAUUUAUUUUUCAUUACAUAUGUUCUUUUUUGUGAAACUAUGUUUAUUAACGCCUUGAAUUUUUAGAAAAAAAAAACAAUUGCUGAGUUUGUCCAAUGAAUUAUUCAAGCCAAAUAAAGGAUAUCAAAAAUGUUUUCAUUUACAACAAAUUCCGGUAAUAAACAAAUCUAAAUUUUAGACAUUUUUUUAUUCAAAAUAUAUUUAAAAAAGUACAUUUUGUCAUUUCGCAAGUAGUUUGUUAUUCUCACUUCUCUAGAGAUAUUGUCAAAAAUAAAAGUAGGUACAUUGAAUUUAACCGAUGCGCUGUAACAGACAAUAGCUAAAUAUCUUUUAUUUGUAUAUAUUCUACUUUUUUACCCUAAACGAGAAAAAAAAAUGUAUAUUAAGUUGUUGUUCGGAUACAGAUUUGGAAAUAGUGUUACCAUAUGAAAUACAUACAACUGAUCUUGUACUAGUACUUACGUACAGUUUGGUUUUCAAAGGAGGUCAAAGUUUUUGACCAUAUUUGUUUAUUUACUUUGUGUUUUAUACAAAACUCUCCUGAUAUUACCUUUACUACGUUGUUUAUUAGGUUGUAGACCCUUUAACACUGUCAGCUAAUAAUAGGUGUUGUUUUUUUUUGCUUCUUUUUGAAGAACCGUUAUUUUUGUCCAUUUCAUCAUUCUUGGGAACUCCCAUGUCAGUUUUAAAAACAAGACAGCUCAGUUUUUUAAUAGCCGCUUGAUUUUUAGAGAGAAUUUCUAGAACUUUACAUUCUAGAUACAUUUCCAUGGUUCUAUCAAUUAAAACUUUAUUGUCAAAUAUUAUAGCGUACAAUUGUGGUUUUUAUUUACAUAUAUUAUUAUUAUCAAAUACUUUUCCAAAUCUGUAUGUUACCGAAACUCAUUGUUAAAUGUAAUUACCUUGAGGGCCAUUAUCUCACUAUAAUACUGCAUACAUUUUAUCAUUUAAAAGUUUUAUUAAAAUGACAAUAUACUAACCAGUGAAAUCAUAGAAAUAUGAAAUACUGUAACAAAUUAUAACCAUAGUAAAUGAUAUUUUUAGUGAGAUAAUCCCUCAAGUCUCAAGCAAGCAAUAAGAAGUAACGAAAUGCCUAACUAAUAUUUUUGAAACAUCCCUAGCAUCGGCAGUAAAAUAUUUUAGAAUUUUUUUGAAAUAUUCCAUCAGAUCAGUACAAAUAACAGAGCACAUAUUCAUUGUUAUCCUAAAUAUUGAUUAAAAUCAUUUACGUUAUUUCAGAUAAAAAAAAAUAAAGUAAUUCGUAUUUGACCGAAAGUUCCUAAACAGUUAUACAUUUAACAUUGUUUGCCUCUUAUAUCACUAACUAAUUUAAAUAAUAUAAUAAAAAUAACUGGAAUAGAUUUUAAACUUUGAAGUGAUCAUAAUUAUUAUUUCUAUAAAUACUUGCUUUGAUUCAUUAAGAUUGAUCAGGUUAAUAGACGAAAUUAAAAACUACAAAGUUUUGAAGUUGAAGAUUUUUACAAAAAAUUUAUAUAAUUAUCUUAAUUAUUACAUUUUAUGAAUGAAUUUUAUUUUGUUCGGGUGUCUGUAUUUGUAUCCACUAUACAAAAAAAUAAAUCCCGCCUAUAUUUCUAACUAUUGUUAGUUUCAUAUAAAACCAGCUCUGGUGAAUAACAAUUUUUGAAUUACUGAACCUGUUGGUGACAUUCGUGCUAAGUACACUAUUUACUUUACCACUACACCAACACCGAGCGCAUUUCAUUAAAAAGGUUAUUAUCUUUACAGACUGAAAUAAACUGUUUAUGAAGACAAUAACUUGAGUUAAUGUGAGUGUUGAUGUAAUUGUACUUACAGUUCAAUAUAAAAUUGUCAGACAAACGGUAGAAAUGAGACAAGUCGAAAAUUUUCUAGUCCACCCAGUAGAUCAUUUAGUACUGUACUAUACUGUAAGUUUUUGAGGAAACAGAACAUAGGAAACACUGUGCUGCAAUUUAAAUUCUAUGUUAAAUUUGGGUCAGCUACCCGCGCUCGACUCUAUUCGGACCUUCCGAAUAUUACUAGACAUAAUCGUAAAUUUAACAAAAAAUUAAAAUAAUAAAAUUAUGCCUAAUAAUAUACUUAGAGUGCUUCGAUUUCCGUCAUUCAAAAACGUAUUUCCUUGUUUUUUUUUAAUUAGUACUUAUUUACUAUUGUAAUCAUUUAAAAUUGUUAAAAAAAUGUAAUAGUAAUAAAAACCAGGUACAAAGAAGGUCUGUUAAAGGUCGAGCGGUGGGGGGCGCUCGGGGUUCACCAGCGCAGGUACCUGAUCCAAAUUUAAUAUAGAGUUUAGAUGAUAGCACAGCGUUUCCUAUGUUCGGUUUCCUCAAAAUCUUAUAGUAGAAAGUUCGACAUAUUUUGUAAAUAUAGUGCCAAGCCAAUGUAUGUUACAGAGGACAUAUUUUUUUACAGAAUUAGUUUAAUUUACAAAUUAUCUAAUCUGCUUGAAAGCAACAGUGUUAAUAUUACUGUUGUACUGUAAAGGAUAAUAUUUUCAAAUGAUCUCACUGCUCUUGAAUUUUUCAUUGCGGCAAUUAGCAUACUUUCACGGCAAAGAUAAAUAAUGUUAUUAAAGUAGAUACGUUCAUUGAACUCGUUUUUUCUAAUUGCAUAUAGCAUAGCAAUUUUGUUUUAAUCGACAUUGUACGCAUCAUUAACAAAGUUAUUCGAAAAAAAGUAUGUCCUACCCAAAUUGGCUUUACAUUUUAUUCCUCUAAACUUAUUGAUGUUUUAAAAACGCCUUCUUUUAAUAUUACUCUUACAAAAUAAUCACAAUAUGUAUAUUAAGUAUAGAAAAACAUGAUUUUUGAAUAGUAGAUUGGAAGGUGCUUCAUAGUGGGUUGAAAACACAUUUUGAACCAAUACGCUUAUGUUGAAUUAAAAAUAAAACGUUUUCUAAAAAACAUUCUCAAAAAAAUGUAUAUCGAAUAUUAUAAAAUUUUAAAUAUCACAAUAUCACUUGUCUUUUGUCGACAUUUUACAGUUAAUUUUGAAUCAACAGCCUGUCAUUAUUACUUUCCAUUUGUAUUUUUUUAAGUUACGAAAAAUAUUCACAAUAUAUUUUGACUCCAUACUUCAACAUAAAAUAAAUAGAAAAUAUAAUUCUAAUUAAAAAAAAUUCUAGAUAUCUACAAUCACUUUGUGGAAUAAAAUUAGAAUUAACUGCAAAAUAUAUUCUAGUCUAAAAUUAUUUAAAUUUGUUGAUAUUAGAUUGUUCUAGAUGUUUUCCUCCAAGGUUACCUGCCAUUUAACGCCCGUGGCCACUGAAAUUCUCGUCCUAUUAAUGUAGGCGAAAGUUACAGGUGGAACGCACAUCUUGAGCUCUAUUGUUUGAGUUGUCGCCACGCCUUAAUGAAAACCUGCAUAGAUUCACUAAUAUUUUAUGGACGAAGUUAGCGAGACGCUUUGACGUCAAACGAUUGUUCGUGUCGUCCUCGGGCCUGAGGUGAAAUGAUACAAAAUGUGGGCGUAAGGUGGAAUGUACCCUAAGUGUCACCCUUGGGCAGAAACCAUCAUUGAAAAGUUUUACCUGUUGAAAUGGAUAAAAUUGUCGAUGAUGAAGUACACUCAGAAAGAGAACCAAAAAAUGUGCAGUGUGGAUUUAAAUGUAUACAUUAAGAAAAGCACUAUUUUUGUUGGCAAGACUAUUUUAAUAUAAAAUUUUAACCAAAAUCACUGCUUUGUUGAUAAAUGAAUUGAUUUAUUUAUUGCAUAAAUUUUUCUUGAUGUAUAUAAUAUUCAAAUCAAUAUAGCUGACAAGCCUGAAAUUUUUGUACAUUCUGUAUAUAGUGUAUAAUAUUGUAAAUGUUGGCCAAAAGAUUGGAUGAACAUUUUUUUCUACGUUAAUUUUUUUGUAAAUUCAGGCAUUGUUUUUUAUGGAGAUCCGUAUUGAAUGGUGCAAUGAAAAUAAUUAGAGAAAUAGCUUAAAUCUAUUUAUAUCUUAAUGAGAAUAUUAAUUAUAUAUUUUCGUGAUUAUAUAAUGACCCUAUAAUUGGUAAUGACACAACGCCAUUUUUAAAUAAUUUCCGAACUAUUCUUUCUAGAGAGAUCACAUAAAGACCAUAUUCAAGUUGAAAAACCUUGUGUUAAUCAAAGUAUCGUUCCAAAUACUCUCCUUAAGAACCCAGACACUGUCCUAAACCAAAUUUAUUCGUUACACUGAUACAUUAAAAAAAUAUUUCAGCAUAAAAAUUGCCCUACCCGUCAAGAUCCAUACUAAAACAAUCUUUUACUCUACUCCCAAUGAGAUAUUUAAUGUCAACUAGUUUUUAAAAUUAUCAUAUUUGCACCAUCCAUUCGUGUUAUCCCAUAAACUAUAAGCGAUUAUAUAAAUAAUAAUUAACGAAAAAGGAUAUAAAGGAAUUGUAAGGUGCAGUUUUUAUUAUGUAUGUUUCAGAAAUAGUUAACUCAAGUAAAAAUAUAACACGAAUCCUGGAAAAAAUGAUGUUGACUAUUUCUGACUUUUAAUUAUUUUUAAAUUAAUGAUUUUUUAAACUGUGAUAGUAGAAAAUGGACCACACUAUUUGUAAAAAAAAAUAAAUAUAUGAAAAUAAGUACAAUAAAUGUAUAAAUGUA